AUGGCCACCUUGUCUUUCUUUGACAAGCCGUCAGUCCUGACGGCAAGAAGAUUCAACGACGACGGAGGCAGCGACGACGCCCAGUACGACGACGACGACGGAGGCGACGACGACGCCCAGUACGACGACGACGGAGGCGACGACGACGCCCAGUACGACGACGACGGAGGCGACGACGACGCCCAGUACGACGACGACGGAGGCGACGACGACGCCCAGUACGACGACGACGGAGGCGACGACGACGCCCAGUACGACGACGACGGAGGCGACGACGACGCCCAGUACGACGACGACGGAGGCGACGACGACGCCCAGUACGACGACGACGGAGGCGACGACGACGCCCAGUACGACGACGACGGAGGCGACGACGACGCCCAGUACGACGACGGAGGCGACGACGACGCCCAGUACGACGACGGAGGCGACGACGACGCCCAAACAUCAUUGUUGAUUGAUCGAGUCAAUAUUUUUGCGAUUCAGUCAUCGUCUGGCUUAUUUUAUCUCGGCAAUACAUUUUUCGCUUCACUUGUUGAUUGUUCACUGCACUUGCAUCAGUUUAACCACGAGGUAUAA